AUGGCCCAAGCAUUAUUGGCGGGGUAUGAGACCGUGACAACCGAGUUCACGGUACAUAGCAUCCACGGCCAUUUCUUGAAAGCGGCUCAACCGGACAGUUCUGUCAUUUACCGGGUGGAGCGAGUCCGUGAUACUAGAAGCUUUGCUACGCGAAUGAUUCGUGCUACGCAGGGGGAUAUUCUUGUAUUUUAUUCGACAGCGAGCUUUGUAAAGAGCCAUGUGUUGCAACAGGACAAAUGUGUCCUUCGGCAUUCCGCGUCUUACCCUCAGGGUGAGAAGCCCCCGUCGAGUCCUCUGGUUCAAUCAGCUGCAGGUCAAGCUGGCCCGGAUCAGCCUUGUGAUUGUGUGAGGUUGGCCAGUAGGAUUAACCACUCUGCUUCACCGAGUGACAAACGAUAUUAUCAAUGGGUCAGAGCUAGAGGACGUAUUGCCAUGUCUCCACUGAAGGCAGCCGAAAAUGAGGAUGGGCGCUCAUACAAUAGCCGAAGCUCAGAGGAUACGGCGGAUGUUAAGAAUGACCAGCAUCAUAGCAAUCAUCAAGCCCAUGCAGCGGCAUUGCUUUACAUGUCAGACAACUAUUUUCUCGCCACCUGCUUUAGAGCUCAUAACGCCUCUCGGUUCUCCAAUCCGACAUCCAAUCACCUCGGUUCAUCUACUAUAGGGCAUCAGGCGAAUGAGUUGGACGGCGCUAGAAGAACGUUGCACCCUUUGGAAUCGGAAGAGCUAGAGGAUAAUGAGGGAGCUUCUAAAGAUGGAGGACAUGUGACUAUGGCGGCUUCGAUGGAUCAUACUGUGUACUUCCACAACUUGCAUCAACUGCGGACUGAUGACUGGAUGUUGGUUGAGAUGGAAAGCCCUUGGGCGGGUGAUGAAAGAGGACUGGUGGUUUCACGUAUCUGGAGCCACGAUGGAACAUUGGCUGCUACGUGCUUCCAGGAAGGCCUUGUUAGGCUAGCGCGACCUCCUCAUUCAACUAGAUUGUAG